AUGGAAACCUGCGCCAAAUAUUUUAAAAUUUUUGUUGCCGGUGCUUCUUUUGUUUGUUCAUUCCAAUGUAAUUUAUUAUAUCUUGCAAAUUAUCCAGAAGGGUCAAGAGAAUACGUUCCAACCCCAUCCGACUAUGACAUGCCAUAUCGAGAAGUAACAUUGACUACGUCCGAUAAAGUUAAAAUUCGAAUAUAUGUCAUACAGCAAGGAAAUGAUAUUGAAGCACGUAAAAGGCCAACGAUAUUAUUUUGUCACGGAAAUGCGGGAAAUAUGGGACUUUGUUUACCAAUUACGGAACGAUUAUACGAUAACGAUAAUUUUGGAUGUAACAUAGUCAUGCUUUCUUAUAGAGGGUAUGGAUUAAGCGAAGGAUCUCCUUCAGAAAAGGGGCUUAAAAUAGAUGCUCAGGCUGCAUUGGAUUUUAUUAAAACACAUGAUAUAUUCAAACACACAAAAGUGGUGGUAUAUGGUCAGUCGCUUGGAGGCGCAGUAUCGAUUGAUUUAGUAUCAAAAAACGAAGAUAAUGUUUCAGGCCUCAUAGUUGAAAAUACGUUUCUUAGCAUUCCAAAAGUAUUACCUCACGUCAUCCCACAACUUCGUCACUUUUCAUUCAUUUGCACGCAAAAAUGGGAUUCGGAGAAAGCUAUUCAAAAUAUAAAGCGAAUUCCGAUAUUAUUUCUCUCGGGAGAAAAUGAUGACCUUAUUCCAAAAGAACAUGUUAAUAAAUUAUAUGAAUUAGCUGAAACCGAAGGUGGGAAAAGCAUAAAAUCGUUUCCCUAUGGAACGCAUGCAGACACGGUUGCGCAACCGGGUAGAAAUUUUGCAGUCGUUUGCGCAAGCAAUCAAAAUCGUAGCAUGGAAGCACAUCAUGUACUCACCAAAUAUGGCUUUAAGGUAAAAUCAUAUGGCACAGGCUCUGCGGUUAGGCUUCCUGGGCCGAGUCUCGAUAGGCCAAACAUUUACCCUUUUGGAACUCCAUACGAUUAUAUGUUUAAAGAUUUAUACGAUAAGGACACUAAAUUAUAUAAACAAAAUGGAUUAUUAGACAUGUUGGAUAGGAAUAGGAAGAUUAAAUUGGCUCCUGAACAAUGGUAUUCUGAAGCUAAUGAAACCUUUGAUGUAAUCAUAACCUGUGAAGAAAGAUGUUUCGAUGCGAUUUGUGAAGAUUUAACGGACAGAGGGGAGCAUAAGAAUAAACCCGUUCAUGUUAUAAACAUUGACAUUAAAGACAAUCACGAGGAUGCAAUGAUUGGAGGUCGUGCUAUAUUACAGCUGGCUCAAAUGAUUGACAAUGAACAAGUGGCAGAUCUAGAUGAAACGAUUCCGGGAAUUUUACAAGAGUGGCAAGGAAAAUAUAAAUAUGAUUUACUUCAUUCCGUGGCAAUGAGAUUAUUUGAUAAAUCAAGAACCAUUAUCUCUGAAUAUUUAGAACAGUGUGUUAAUAAGAAGGAAGAUGAUUGGAGUUUGAUCAUAAACACUUGUAAUGCGGUAAAUGCUUCAGAGAAUGGAGCAAAAGAAGCAGCAAAAUUCGUCAGGAAGAGAUUGUCAAAAUCAGUAAACGUUCAACAUCGAACGUUAACCGUGUUAAAAGCCAUGGUGGAUAAUUGUGGAGCAAAGUUUCAUGCGGAGAUUGCAUCCAAAAAGUUUCUUGAUGAUUUGGAAUUGGUAGCAACUUCUUCAAGUACAGAUGAUGUUAUCAAAAAUAAAAUAAUCUCAUUGUUGAGUGAUUUAACUGAAAUGUUCCAAAAUGAACCUGGUUUGUAUCAAAUAUCUAAUCUCUAUACGAGGCUAACGGGGCAAACGAUCGUUCAAACUCCAAUUCAAACUCCAGUUCAAGCUCAGAAACCUGUUCCUGUCUCUCAUGAUGUCUCAGCAAAAGUCAAAAUUACCGAAGACAUUGAAGUUUCAAAGAAUAAUUUACAAUUAUUCACACAGACUCUGUCGUUUACCGAUCCAGAGAGUGAAGAUAUUACUAAAAAUGAGUUGAUUCAAGAAUUUUAUACAAAAUGCAAAUCAUUACAUCAAAAUAUCAUGAAUUAUCUAUCUGAAAUUCAAGAUGAACAAUGGGUGAAUACUCUUCUUUCGAUUAAUCAGGAUUUUUUGAAUUCAUUUAAAAUGUAUGAGGAUAUGGUUGAGAGGGGACAAGUAAAAAUAGCAAAGCAAGAGUCACAAAGGCAAUCAUUUAGGGGAUCAUAUUAUUUAGAUCUUGAAGGAGCUGGAGUGGGCGGUUCAUCCUCACAUGACCCAUUUGCGGAUCCAAAUGAUUCAGAAUAUGAUCCCAUCGUGUCGGGUCCGAGCGCAAAAGCAUUAGGCAAAAUGCCUGCGUCUAGAUUUUACGAUUCGACACAAGAUUAUACAAACAGCAAUCAUUCACUUUUAUAUAAUGAACCUCCAAAUAAGACUUCAAUAUAUAAUGAACCUCCAAAUAGGACUUCAAUAUAUAAUGAACCCCAAAAAUUGCCAGCAUCCAUAUAUAACGAUACCACAUUAUUUGAGGAAGAAAAACCAGUUUCAGAGGUCCAACCACAAUAUCCUAAUAUAGUUGCACCUUUAGAGCCAUCUGAUUAUAAACCUCCAAAUAGCAAUCGUAAAAUGACACGUGUAGUUGAUUGA